AUGUCGUAUAUGCUCCCGCAUUUGAACAAUGGAUGGCAAGUGGAUCAGGCGAUUUUGGCAGAAGAGGACCGAGUAGUGGUAAUUCGUUUUGGACACGAUUGGGACCCCACUUGUAUGGCCAUGGAUGAGACCCUUUACAAGGUUGUUAACAAAGUGAAGAAUUUUGCUGUGGUGUAUCUCGUCGAUACUACAGAGGUUCCCGAUUUCAACAAGAUGUACGAGUUGUACGACCCCUGCACGGUGAUGUUUUUCUUCAGAAACAAGCACAUUAUGAUCGAUUUGGGCACCGGAAACAACAAUAAAAUAAAUUGGCCAAUCACUGACGGGCAAGAGCUGAUUGACAUCGUUGAGACGAUAUACAGGGGAGCUCGUAAAGGUCGUGGUUUGGUCGUUUCGCCAAAGGAUUACUCAACAAAGUACAAAUAU